CUAUAUCCAACUCGAACGUUCAGGCCACUACCAUGUCUUACCAACAACCUCCGUACGACCAGCAACAAUAUGGCUACCCUCCUCAGGGACCACCUAUGCAAUACCAACAACCUCCUCCACAAGUAAUCGUCCAAGAAGAAAAGAAAGAUAGAGGAUGUUUAGCUACUUGUCUGGCGACGAUAUUCUGCUGCUGGCUUUGCGGGGAGACGUGCGAAUGCUGCCUUGAUUGUCUAACUUGCUGCUGUUAGCUGUUCUCUGUCUAUUUGUAUCUUGUGCAUCUUCUGAAAUCGACGUUCUUGCGAUGUAUUGAUUACCUAUAUUCAUGUUUAGGACAACGUUGCUUGACAUUUACGUGAGAAAUCAGGAGCUUGAGCUCCUUCAUGAUGGAAAGCACUUGGACAAGACGGAAAUAUGAUUCACAAUGUUUUCAACUCGGA